AUAUUCGGAAAAAAACCAAAAAAAAACAGGAACCGUGUGGAUAACUGACCGAGAGGGCCGCCUCUCUUUAUACUGGGAGAAAACCCGCACACUCGAUCUACUGAUGGGUUGAUUUCUUGCAACCAGAAGCUUUUUUUUUUAAAUGCCAUUACUUUCUAUUUGAGGCCGAUUUGUACUCAGAAAUUCAUUGUUGGCUCGGAGGCGGUUGUCCUGAUGAAGUGUCAGCAGAGGGAGGAGGAAGCCAGAGAGAGGAAGGAAACGAGGAUAACGUCACGAAAAGCAGACUCGGAGUAAAACGGACUGAAUAGUAAUGGACAGUGCUUGAUGCGGGCCGGGGACCCCGAGCUGAAUUGUGUUUGUUUACGUCGCAUUGGACAAAGAUGUUUUUGUUAACUGAUCGGGCGUGAAAAAAGGAGAAAAAACAUUUCGAGGAGGAAACGGCAGCACAGCAGCAGCAGAUUUCAUCUUUUUUCAGAAGCCUCCGCUAAAGCAGAGAAAUGGAAAUGUGUGUAGCCCUCCUCCGUUUGCCUGUUCGCUGAAGGAUUUGGAAACAGUCUAAUCGUGAUACACGGAGCUUUAAGUGGAUCCUAUUUUUUAAUGAGUGAAAAAGACAUAGGCCUGUAGCUAGAUCUUUUUUUUUUUUAGGGGGGACGUUGCUUUCGGUUUUUCCACGGCAGAGAAAAAAAAGCAGCAAAAUCAUCGGGGGAAUUAACAGGUGACGGCCCUGACAAAUCCAAAAUGAGUGAGUUGGAGCAGCUUCGCCAGGAGGCAGAGCAACUGAGGAACCAGAUUCGAGAUGCCAGGAAAGCAUGUGGAGAUUCAACCCUGACACAGAUAACUGCUGGUCUGGAUCCUGUGGGGCGGAUUCAGAUGCGGACCCGACGUACACUCCGGGGCCACCUUGCCAAGAUCUACGCCAUGCACUGGGGCACUGACUCUAAGCUUCUGGUUAGUGCCUCUCAAGAUGGAAAACUGAUUGUCUGGGACAGCUACACCACUAACAAGAUACAUGCCAUCCCCCUGCGCUCCUCCUGGGUGAUGACCUGUGCGUACGCCCCCUCUGGGAACUACGUGGCCUGCGGAGGCCUGGACAACGUCUGCUCCAUCUACUGCUUGAAGACUCGCGAGGGCAACGUCAGGGUCAGCAGGGAGCUACCUGGCCACACAGGUUACCUGUCAUGCUGCCGUUUCAUUGAUGACAAUCAAAUCAUCACGAGUUCCGGAGACACCACAUGUGCACUGUGGGACAUCGAGACGAGUCAGCAGACCACUGUUUUCUCCGGCCACAGCGGUGACGUCAUGAGUCUGUCCCUGUCGCCCGACCUCCGCACCUUUGUGUCGGGAGCCUGCGACGCCUCGGUCAAACUGUGGGACAUCAGGGACAGCAUGUGCCGGCAGACCUUCACGGGCCACGAGUCGGACAUCAACGCCAUCUGUUUCUUUCCCAAUGGCAGCGCCUUCGCCACAGGCUCAGAUGACGCCACCUGCAGGCUGUUUGACCUGCGUGCAGACCAGGAGCUCAGCCUCUACUGCCAUGACAACAUCAUUUGUGGUAUCACCUCUGUGGCUUUCUCCCGCUCCGGUCGUUUGCUGCUGGCUGGUUACGAUGACUUUAACUGCAACAUCUGGGACGCCAUGAAGGGAGACAGAGCAGGGGUCCUGGCCGGUCAUGACAAUCGUGUGAGCUGUCUGGGCGUGACAGAUGACGGCCUGGCGGUGAGCACCGGGUCCUGGGACAGCUUCCUUAAGAUCUGGAACUGAGCCACAUACAUAAACAAACACACACACACACACACACACACACACACACACACACACACACACACACACACACACACACACACACAAAGACACACACAGCUCCCCUCUUGGGACAAAGUUUGCACCCUGUAUUCACUGUAUGUAAGAUUCAACAGAUAAAUUGCAACAUUGUAUUGUACAUAAUAUAUAUGACUUAGGUAUGAGUUCUCACACACACACACACACACACACACACACACACACACACACACACACACACACACACACACACAAAACGCAGUACAUGACGACACCUAAAACACCUAGACCUAAACACAUGCCCACACUACCUACAGCUCAUUUUAGUACAGAAACACACACACACACACACACACACACGCACACAUAACUUUUAAAACUUUAAAAAUGUGAUAAAAUACAGUUGGAUGUUCAGCUGCUCAAAUAAAAAAAUAAAAAAACACAAACGCCACUAUUACCUGAAGCCUUUUAACACGUCUAAUACGCUCAUUCACACAACACACACACACACUUUUUCCUGAGAGAUAUUGCUCCUUGAAUUAAACAGAGGAGAAGACGUUAUUGGACAAUUCUGUCUUUGUUUACAAUGAAGUCCAAAAUGCACUUCAGACAAAUUUUUCUGUACUAUUUUUGUCUCAGUACCACAUGUAUCUCUGUGAUGCUAAUGAGAAGGAAGAAUGGUUGUGGAAAGAGAGUCAUGUGAGUCCAUUAACACUGAAAAAAAAAGACAGGAUGAUCGUCUGAGUCCAAGGAAAAUAUCAACUCUUAUUUUCAUCUGGCUCAAAACAUUAUAUAGUCACUGUUUUAUAGAUAUG